AUGAUGAAUCCUUUCACCCUGCUGAGGCAAUAUAUCUGGGACUCUUCCCAAAAGCCCAUCAAGGAAGAGGUAUUCGAUCCAAAAGUGCACCUCAACUACAUCCCACCUUCAAAGAAAUUUACAAUGCAAGAAUUGCUUUUAAAGCAGAGUCCAACCGCAUCGCCCAUUGCAGGAACAGUGCCAUUUCCAUUGUUGUCAGCCGAGGGUGUCAAAGCCUACCGAAGAGCCCUAUUUCAAAAGGAAGUUAUAGACAAAUGUGCCAGCUCACCAUUUCCAGGGACUUUGGUCCUGCGUGAUGCAGUAAAACAGUCAAAGUUUGUCAAUGACUUUUGGACGCACCCGGAGACAAUGAGGAUUGUGUCUGAAGCAGUCGGUGUACCUCUAGAGGUGGUGAUGCCAACGGAAAUAGGGCACACUAACAUUCAAGUUGAAGGCACUACCAUCGCAGAAAUGGCCAGCAAUCUCAAAGCUGAGCCGGCAGUAGAAAAGCUCGAGUUGAGUCUCAAAGACCGAACUUACGACCCUUUGAAAGAUGCUAGUGCUAUCAUCCCGUGGCACUACGACUCGUUUCCUUACGUUUGUGUAUUGAUGCUAAGCGAUACUGAGGGUAUGAUCGGAGGCGAGACCUAUAUCAAGAAGGGAGAUGGGGAGGUACAGAAGGUUGAGGGGCCCCAGAUUGGUCAUGCCGUUAUGCUCCAAGGCGGCGAAGUCUGUCAUCUGGCUGCUCGGGCGAAAGGUGUGAAGGAGCGGAUAUCGACCAUCACUUCGUACCGUUCUACAAUGCCGAACGUUUAUGACUCCAGCUAUAUUACCAACGUCCGCCCUUAUGCGGAUACAAGUUCUCUCUAUCCUGAAUGGACACAAUACCGCUUACGAAAAUUGAGAGAUGAGCUUACCCAUUAUCUCGACGAGACAGAGAGAGAAGAGGACCCCGCAAAAGAAAGAAAGAACGUACAAGCUCUUAUAGAUCAGCAGAUUGAUUAUUUGCAACGAACGUCUCGGCAGAUUGUUGACCCUGAGUAUACUCAGCGAGUUUUGAAGAAGUAUGGCAGGCCGUCAUACUAUGAUGCACAAAAAAUUUGGGAGACUGUUCAAUCAUUGCCGGAAUUCGAGAGACUUGCAUCAGCCGCAGAUGAGGAACGACGUUGGCAGCCGGAGAGUAUCUAUUGGACGGACCUCCUGAGAUCCACUGAAACAAUUCGGUUGGGGAAACCUCUUCAGAGUGCUCUUGGAACUGCUGUGCGAGAGAAGACAAGAAAGUACUAUAUGGGGGAUGAACUUCUGCGACAAGGUCUCAAUGAGGCGUUCUUGGAUUGGUUGGGAUACUCAGGUAUCUGGGAACUUUACUGCAACAUUUGA